CACCAGUGAACAGCUUCAUCACUUCAGCUUCUAGCUAGUUCUUGAAGCUAACCUACUGAUAACUGGCUCCGUGAGCACGCCGCACACAUCAAGUUCGUUCGCCCAUGGCCUCCGCCUCUGGUCUCUUCGCCACGGCGCUCGUCAUGGCGCUCAUGCUCAGCAGCCCGACCCACGCCGCGCGCCGCCUCGCGGACGACACGGCUCCGGCGGCCGCGCCCGCCGCCGUCCCGGGCAUCCCCGCCGCGCCGAAGCCGCCUGUGCCCACCGUGCCUGCCGUCGCCCUGCCGCCCAUGCCCGCUGUGCCGACGACGGUGCCAGCGGUGGGCGCCGUGCCGACGGUCCCCGCGGUCACCGUUCCACCGAUGCCGGCAGUCCCCGCGGCGACUUUGCCGCCCAUGCCCGCGGUGCCGGCCGUCCCCGCAGCGACCCUCCCGCCUAUCCCUGCGGCGCCCGCCGUGCCGAAGGUGACGCUGCCGCCGAUGCCCGCCGUGCCGAAGGUUACGCUGCCACCGGUGCCCUCCAUCCCCGGCGUGCCGAUGCCAUUCUUGGCACCGCCUCCUUCGGCGUAAUCAAGCUCAGUCAUCUGUGGAGUGUCUGCCAUUGGCCGAUGUCUGAUCGUUUGGUCACUAGCUCGAUCGGUCUUGUGUUCAUUGGGCAUGCAUGCUGCCUUCGCAUGAGCAGAUUUGGUUGGAGUUCUUCUUUUUCUUUUUAAUUCCCUUCGAUGUAUGUAUGCUUACUCUCUAUAUUCAUUUGUGUGUACUUGUUGGAGAGGUUUGGAUUUUUUGUAAAUCCAUCUGGCUGGCCAGUAAUUCGUUGAGUGUUGUAUAUGAGUUCAGUUUUGGCCACUCUGUCUGUCUGUGUUCAUUUUCAGAAUGGCAUGCAUUCACGCAAUA